AUGUUGUCCUUGCUUCGUUGUCAGGCAAGGUCCACCCCUGCUACAAGAGUAGCUAAAUGUUUUUCAACGACAGCAAUAAGAUCACAGGUUAUUGGAUCGAAUGUUAAAGGUAAAGAUUUCGAUGCAGCUAGAAUUAUGAACCAAAAAUACCACGUUGUUGAUCAUGAAUACGACUGUUUGGUUGUUGGUGCAGGUGGUGCAGGUUUGAGAGCUGCGUUUGGAUUGGCAUCGGAAGGUUAUAAAACCGCUUGUGUCUCUAAAUUGUUCCCUACUAGAUCACAUACAGUUGCUGCUCAAGGUGGUAUCAAUGCUGCUUUGGGUAACAUGCAUCCUGAUGACUGGCACUGGCAUUUCUACGAUACUGUCAAAGGUUCAGAUUGGUUAGGUGAUCAAGAUGCUAUUCAUUAUAUGACAAAAGAAGCACCAGCAUCAAUUUACGAGUUGGAAAACUAUGGUGUUCCAUUUUCAAGAAAUGAAGAAGGAAGAAUUUACCAAAGAGCUUUCGGUGGUCAAUCCAAGGAAUACGGUAAAGGUGGCCAAGCUUACAGAACUUGUGCUGUUGCCGACAGAACCGGUCACGCUUUGUUGCAUUCGUUAUAUGGUCAAUCAUUGAGACACGAUUGUCAUUUUUUUAUUGAGUUUUUUGCUAUGGACUUGAUGAUGCAAGAUGGCGCUUGCAUUGGUAUAAUUGCUUACAACGAGGAAGAUGGUACUUUGCACAGAUUCUUUGCCAACAGAACAGUUAUGGCCACUGGUGGAUAUGGUAGAGCUUAUUUUUCAUGUACUUCUGCUCACACUUGUACUGGUGAUGGAUAUGCUAUGGUUUCAAGAGCAGGAUUGCCAUUAGAGGAUUUGGAGUUUGUUCAAUUCCACCCAUCAGGAAUUUAUGGAUCAGGUUGUCUCAUCACAGAAGGAGCCAGAGGUGAAGGUGGUUUCUUGGUCAACUCUGAAGGUGAAAGAUUUAUGGAACGUUAUGCUCCUUCUGCUAAGGAUUUGGCUUCUAGAGACGUUGUUUCAAGAGCUAUUACUAUGGAAAUUAACGAAGGAAGAGGUGUUGGACCUGAAAAGGAUCACAUGUACUUGCAACUAUCACACAUCCCUGCUGCUGUUUUGAAAGAAAGACUUCCUGGAAUUUCCGAAACAGCACACAUUUUUGCUGGUGUUGAUGUCACCAAGGAACCAAUUCCAAUCUUGCCCACCGUCCACUACAACAUGGGUGGUAUUCCAACCAACUGGCAAGGUGAAGUUUUGAAAAGGGGUCCUGAUGGUAAAGAUGAGGUUGUUCCUGGUUUGUUGGCAUGUGGUGAAGUAGCUUGUGCUUCUGUCCAUGGUGCUAAUAGAUUAGGUGCCAACUCAUUAUUGGACUUGGUCGUUUUCGGAAGAGCCGUUUCACACACCAUCGCCGCUACUUUGAAACCGGGUGAACCAAUUAAGCAACAUGAUAAGGCAAUUGGCUAUGAGUCCAUUGCCAACUUGGACAAAUUAAGAAAUGCCAAUGGUACUAAAUCAACUGCAGAGAUUAGAUUAGAUAUGCAAAAGACUAUGCAAAAGGGAUGUGCAGUUUUCAGAACUCAAGAUACAUUAGAUAAAUGUGUUGAACAUAUUAAGAAAGUUGAUGAAAAUUUUGCCGACGUUAAAACAAGUGACCGUUCAAUGAUUUGGAAUAGUGAUUUGGUUGAGACUUUGGAAUUGCAAAACUUGUUAACUUGUGCUACCCAAACAGCAGUAUCUGCCGCCGCUAGAAAGGAGUCAAGAGGUGCACACGCUAGAGAUGAUUACCCAGAUAGAGACGAUGUUAAUUGGAGAAAACACACGUUAUCAUACCAGGAUGGAUUUGGCGCCCCAAUCAAAUUGGAAUACAGAGAUGUUAUCAAGCACACUUUGGACGACAAUGAUUGUAAACCUGUACCUCCUGCUAAACGUGUAUACUAG